AUGGGUCUGGGAGUCCUCGAACCAUCCUCGGCCGGGCCAGUUCCAGGCACCGUCAUUCUAGCGGAUGAAUCUCUGCUGGCCCCCAACGGCACAACCAAUCUCAAACGAGGAUCCGGGAAGCAUACUGAAAUCAUCCUCACGCCGCAACCUACAGAUGAUCCGAACGACCCUCUGAACUGGCCAUAUUACCAAAAGGUUUUGAUUGUCGCAAUCAUUGUCUAUGGUGCCUGCCUGUGUGCCUGUUGUACGGGCCCGCUACUAAAUGCGAGCUACUAUGUUCUUACCAUUGAGCUCCAACGUUCUUUCGCAGACUUGGCGUUGCUCACUGGCUAUCAAAUUCUUGUUGCCGGAGCCACAGGGCCUAUUGUGUCUGCCUUAUCAACAAAAUAUGGCAAGCGAGCUGUCUUUUUAUUCUCCGCAUUGGCAUGUCUUGUCGGCACAAUUAUUGGCUCUUGCAGUCAGACAUACAACACGUUGCUUGCCGGCCGCAUUGUUCAGGGACUUUCUUUAGCAUGUUGGGAAUCCUUGCCGUUUACUAUAGUCGCGGAUCUGUUUUUCGUUCACGAGCGCGGCCUUUGGAUCACGGUCAUGUCCUUCACAUUGACAGCCGUGUCCAACCUCAGCUCUGUUAUUGCAGGCCAGAUAGUAGCCGCUUACGACUGGCAUUAUCUUUUUCACAUCUUGAAUGGUUGUCUAGGUCUUUUGAUAAUUUUAGUCUUUCUUUUUGUACCGGAAACUUGCUACCACAGGGAUCCUGGAGUCACCAAUAACGAAUUCGCCGGCCCACCCGACCAUGAAAAGGAACGAGCAGCGGAAGCUAUCCAAAUUGAGGAUACAGAAGUAACCAGCCAAGUUCCAAGGAAGAAGACCUUCUGGCAGAGGCUUGCGAUAUUCACAGGGACACACAGCGAUGAAAGCCUCAUACGGCUCUUCCUUGCGCCCUUCCUCGUUUGCGCAAAUCUAGGCGCUUUGUGGACCAUCAUAAUUACAGGAGCAGUUUCUUCCUUUUAUGUUGCUAUCGCAUAUGUCACAGCUCAACUCUUCGGGCCUCCGCCUUAUCUCCUUUCUCCCGCCGGCAUUGGCAAUCUAUCCCUGGGUCCAUUCAUCGGUGGAGCUUUGGGUUCCAUCCUCGUUGGCAUCUUGAUGGAUCCUCUGAUACUACGCCUGGCGAAGCGAAACAACGGCAUCUACGAGCCCGAAUUUCGACUUCCACUUAGCGUAAUCGGCUUGCUCUGUGGUGUAGGGUUAUUCGGAUUCGGAUACCUGACGAAAUCUCAAGGAAACCUUUACGCAAUUGACUUUAUGUGGGGUUUAUGCCUUGUUGGCAUCGCAUUCAUUGGUGGUCCUUGUUCUGCAUAUGCGAUCGACGCUUUCCCUGGUAUGAGCAAUGAGAUUUUCAUUGCGAAUAUUAUGUUCAAGAACUUCUUAUUCUACGGUUACAGCUAUUUUGUAAACAACUGGGUGGAGAGUGCUGGACCUGCAAUUCCGUUCUACACAUUUGGUGGAAUCAGUUUCUUUCUCGUGGCAACAACUUUGGUUGUAUAUGUCUUUGGAAAACGAUACAGGAGCUUCUGGCACCGCCAUAACUUCGUGAAAAGAAUAGACAUCAGCACACCUCACUAG